GUUCACUCUGCAUUCCAGCAGCUCGGAUUCCGGCGGGUGAAGCGGGGCUACAAGCCACUGAAAGUUGAGAAUCUCGUCCCCCUACAGAGCAUCCAGUCGGACCGGGAUCCGACGGACCCUUACUUCGAGUACCAGUGGUAUCUGAAAAACACCGGGCAAAAUGGCGGAAAACCUCGCCUGGACCUCAACGUGGAAGCGGCGUGGGCUCAGGGCUUCACAGGGCGCAACGUGACAACGGCCAUUAUGGACGACGGAAUUGAUUACAUGCACGCGGACCUCCGUCACAAUUAUAAUGCUCGAGCGAGUUGGGAUUUCAGUAGCAACGACCCUUAUCCUUAUCCACGGUACACCGACGACUGGUUCAACAGCCACGGUACGAGGUGUGCUGGCGAGGUCUCUGCGGCCCGUGACAAUGGGGUUUGUGGCGUCGGCAUUGCGUACGAUUCUCUGGUUGCAGGAAUUCGCAUGUUGGAUCAGCCCUACAUGACGGAUCUGAUCGAAGCCAACAGCAUGGGUCAUGAGCCGAACCUCAUACACAUCUACUCGGCCUCAUGGGGUCCUACUGACGAUGGCAAGACCGUGGACGGACCGAGGAACGCUACCAUGAAGGCAAUUGUGAGGGGAGUCAAUGAGGGUCGCAACGGUCUCGGGAACAUCUACGUGUGGGCUUCCGGCGACGGGGGCGAGGACGACGACUGCAACUGCGACGGCUACGCGGCCUCCAUGUGGACCAUCUCCAUCAACUCGGCCAUUAACGACGGCUCCAACGCGCACUACGACGAGUCCUGCUCCUCCACCCUCGCCUCCACCUUCAGCAACGGAGCCAAGGACCCCAGCACGGGCGUGGCUACAACGGACCUCUACGGAAAGUGCACGAAGACCCACUCAGGUACCUCCGCGGCCGCUCCCGAGGCUGCAGGCGUCUUCGCUCUCGCCCUGGAAGCCAACCCCAACCUGACCUGGCGAGACAUCCAGCACCUGACGGUCCUCACCAGCAAGAGGAACUCGCUCUUCGACGCCAAGCACCGCUACGACUGGCACAUGAAUGGCGUUGGGCUGGAAUUCAACCAUCUGUUCGGCUUUGGUGUGCUGGACGCGGGCGCCAUGGUGGCUCUGGCUCGGGACUGGGUCACCGUCCCGCCGAGGUACCACUGCCAGGCCGGGAUCUACCAGACACCCAGGAGGAUCAGCAUAAACGAGACCAUCGAAAUCAAGAUUGAAACGGACGCCUGUGCCUGGAGCGACACCGAAGUCAACUACCUGGAGCACGUGCAGGCGGUGAUCACCCUCAACGCCAGCAGACGCGGGGACGUGGAGCUCUUCAUCGUUUCGCCGAUGGACACAAAGUCGAUGAUCCUGAGCAGGCGACCGAAUGACGACGAUUCACGUGACGGCUUUACGAAGUGGCCAUUCAUGACGACUCACACCUGGGCCGAGAACCCACGGGGCACGUGGAGGCUCAUGGCGCGCAUGAACAGCGAGACGAUGGAGGAAGGCUGGAUCAAGGAAUGGACCCUGAUGCUCCACGGGACCCGCGAGGAGCCCUACGCCCAUCUCCCCGUCAAGGACCCUCACUCGAAACUCGCCAUUGUAAAGAAAGCGCAUCAGGACAAGAAGAUUUAGGAACACACCAAGAUUAUUUGCUUGAAGAAUCAUAUUUUUUUUUGAGAGAGAGAGAGAAGAAAAGAGAAAAGAAAAGAGAUAUAUAUUAUGAUCUGUUAUAUUCAACUCCCUGACGACCAGAUCAAAAGAAAAAAGAUGAAAGGAACAAAACAUGAAUUUAAAAAGAUAUGUACUGUAUUGAUUUCAACAAUUGGGAAAAAAAAUCAUGAGUUUGAAAAAAAAAAAUAUGUAUAUGAUGAUAAUAUAGAGGAUUAAGAUUAAACCCCCAAAAUAAAUGAAAUCUCACUAACGAUCAGGGUGACUCAACAGGCAUUAUAGACGGUUGAUUACACUUCAUUUCUUCCCCUACCUCUUUUUCAUCUUCCCCUUCUUCCUCUGUUUCUCCGAGGGUGCAGGUCCCAACCAAGCCUAGUGCGUGGUAGGCCCCACUGAAUUAGCCCCCAGCCCUACUCCAGUGGGGCCUUCGCUAGCAGGGACCUCCAAGGGCCUCGUCUCCUGAUGCUUCCGUUUUCCGUGUCCUGUGUCAACCUCUGAGAAAUACGCAGCCUCUCGGAUAUAGAAUGGAGAUCAGUUUUUAGUAUAGAGGUAUAAAAAAUCAGUAAAAA